UUUUAUUUUUAUUUAUUUUCUUCUUGUUUAUAUAUAAUAAUCGCACAAGCCCACUCAAAUACAAACUGCCUCCUUUGCUCUCAUUGCAACCAUUAAAAAGUCAGCGCCUUGUUUUGUCUUUUACAUUCUGUUCUAACGUUUUCUUGGCAGAGGAGGCAACUACAGAUACAGGGGUGUGUUCAUGGAUGUGGAUUGGGAUUUGCAUGCGGUGGUGAGGGGCUGCGCCACCGUUACAACAACCACCACCAGCAGCGGCGGCGGCUGCGGUGGUGUUGCUGCAAACAGUUCUUUAAUGGCGGAUUUCUACCCUCAAUCCCGUUUUUCUUCGUUUGGUAGCCAAGAAGAACCUUUUCAGGGUCAAUUUUCGUGUUUUCUGAAUCAGUUCGAAGCUAAGAACGCCAUGGAGGAAUUGCAUGAGCUUUACAAACCUUUCUUCCCCAAAUCUCAACCUCAGAGAAAACAACAGCAAGAACAUCAACAAGUAAAGCCUAAGCUGUCUCAAGUUGGCUCUGUUACAACAGCUAGUAGCAGCACUUCUACGAACAAUUCUCGAUCUAAAAGAAGAAAGAAUCAGCUGAAAAGGGUUUGCCAUGUGCCGCCGGAAGGUCUCUCUUCAGAUGUGUGGGCAUGGAGAAAAUAUGGUCAAAAACCCAUCAAGGGAUCUCCUUAUCCAAGGGGAUAUUACAGAUGUAGUAGCUCAAAGGGGUGUUUGGCCCGGAAACAAGUCGAACGACACAGAUCCGACCCGAAUAUGUUCAUAGUUACGUACACGGCCGAGCACAACCACCCUGCUCCGACGCAUCGGAAUUCACUCGCUGGCAGCACUCGCCAGAAGCCUUUCACUCCACAAACGGUCACCGCCGGUGACUCAGUCAAACCUUCCUCAUCUAAACCCGCCGACAGCUUGUCUCCGACAACCUCCGUGGAUGAAGGGGUUGUGGUUCAAAGUACACAGGUGCACAGCCGAGAGGAUUUGGUUGAAGAUGAAGGGGAAGAUGAGUUUGGGAUGUCGGACACGGCGGUGAGUGAUGAUUUCUUCGAGGGUUUAGAAGGACUCGCUGAAAUUGUCACCGGAAAUUGCUUUCCCGAAAACUUUCCGGCAAGUUUUGACUUUUCUUGGACUGCAAAUAAUGCAGCUACUGCCGCCGGUGGCAUCUAAAACUCGCCCGGAUAUAUAUUUUUAAUUUCUUGUAGAUGUCAUAUACCUUUUUGGUUGAAUCUAAGCCAACAAUGCUUCCUGUAGGAUUCCAUUUAUUCUUUGUAGAGAUAAAAAUAGUAUAGUUUCUUGUUUUAUUCUUCAA